AUGUCUUCCUCAUCAGACGUGAUCCCUGCCAGUCAGGCGACGGGUUCUGGAUGGCUCGCCACGAUGGGUACAGCUGCGGGUUGGGCGUGGGAUGGUCUCAAGGUCACUGGAAGUGUCAUCAAUGAUAUUGGAGCCAAUACGACUAGGAAUACAGUAUGCUCAACGGCUACGGUAGCCGGGGGAGUUCUAGGAGGAUGGAGUGGGUCGGCAGUUGGCGCCGCCAUCGGGUCAGUGAUCCUUCCAGGAAUCGGUACUGCAGUCGGGUCGGUUGUGGGCGGAGUCUCUGCAGGACUUGCAGCAUCAAAAGCUACUACAAUCGUCACAGAUCGGGUCCUUGACGAUUGUGACUACGAUAUCGAAACAAUCAGCUGCGAGAAAUGUGGGCGGGGCUUCCGAUGCAAAAUUUACAAAGAGGGACGGGAAACACUGUGUUGGAGAUGUAAAUAA